UAGCGAGGCGCUCUGCUCGCCGGAACUUCGUCUUGCCAUAGCUGUGGGGAGCGGGGGAGGCGGGCGAGACAUCUCGUGCCAUUUCUGUACGAGUAAGACUCGCUAGAGGAGAAAACCAUUAUACACAUUAGCACUUAAGUUGGAAGGACGAAGCUUGGCCACUGCAGCGACAGAUAAGGCGUCCCAUCGCCCGCAGCAUGGAGCCUACUAAAGCCGGCGUGUCGCUGGUCUGGGCGGUUCUCCUCAGCACACAUGUUGUCCGUUCUCAGCCCGGGAUAGAGCUGACCCUACCGCGGAGUGUGAACGCAGUAGUCGGGAAGGGAGUGGUCCUUCCCGCGGCUUACUCCACCAACAGACGCAUCAACCUGAUCGAGUGGAGCGUCAUCGACAGGACCAACACCAAGGAGCGGAGACCCGUCUUCCUCUUCAACCCCAACACAGGGGUGUUCAACUCGGGGUGGAACUACGGGAGAAGGGUCCAUCUGGAGGAGCAGGCCUCGCUGCGGAUGGAUCACACCAGGAGAGAGGACGCCGGUACCUACGUGCUGAAGUUAACCACAGAUGACUUACAAACUACGGAGGCACAAGUCGAGCUGGUAGUCAUGGUGCCGCCGACAGUGCGAGUCGGUCCAUCGAACCCCCAUGUCGUUACAAAGGGAAAGAGCGUGACCCUGACGUGUUCCGUCAGGAACGGCUUCCCCAACAUCACGUCACUCACCUGGCAGAAGAACGGCGUGCCCAUAGAGAGGCUGACCCCUGAUGACCUGAAGUACAAGGCGGGAAGUUUGAAGUCCCCGAACCUGGUCAUCCGGAGUGUGGACAGGACGGACGCCGGGAAGUACACGUGCGCUGUCAGCCACCCCGCCACGGACAAGGACAUCAAGAGCGGCAUGUCACUCAACGUAUUAUACCCUGCAGCCAUCAUACGCAUAUCAGAAGCCCACACAGUCCCCGCCAAAGAGAGCGUGACGCUGCAGUGUAUCGCCGAGGGGAACCCUCUCCCCAACAUGACGUGGACGAGAGACGGAGUCGUCAUGCCGUCCAAGCUGCAGUCCGUGUCCGGCGAUCUCCGGUCCUGUACCAUGGUCCUGCACAACGCCAGGAUGAACGAGACCGGCUCCUACACUUGUAAAGCCUGGAACAGCAUUGACAAACCGGACGCCAAGCCGGUCUUCCUCACCGUUGGGCCACCAGCUAAAGGCCUGGACAUGAGCACGGUUGCCAUCGUCAUCGGCGUGACUGUCGGCUUCCUGUGGGUCAGUCUCUGCUUCAUCCUGCUCGUCUGCUACAUCCGGCGGCGCCGACACAGAGCAGAGAAAACUAAGUUUGCCUUCUACUACAACCUGGGGAAGAGGGAACCCAACAAGGCUGAUGAGAAGUCCGAAGAGGGCCCUAAGGUCCCAGCCAAACCCCGACUGUCUGCGCCCAUGAACACGGGCAUUGGAACCAUGAGAAAGUCCAAGAAAGGACAAGAGAGAAGGUACGCCAAAGUUCUCUAUCCGUACCUGCCUAUCGAGGAGAACGAGUUGUGCCUCCAGAUUGAUGACGUCAUCGAGGUGCUGGAGGGGGAAGAUGGCGGCUGGUGCCUGGGUUACCUGAGGGGCAGGAUAGGCCUGUUCCCCUCCAACUACGUCUCUUUCCUCAAGGCCAACGAAGGGAAGCCAGUGGCCCCUCCACGUUCAGGAAUCGAGCUGGACGACACUGGGAAACGGAGCAUCUAGAAACCUACCGGACACCGUCAAACUGCAACGUCAAUCUACUGUUUGUUUCAACGUGACAAGGUAAAUGUUUCGAUGGAUAUGAAGAAGCGAAUAAAGGGAUUGUACAUUU